UUCUUAAUAGAAGCCAAUUCAAAACAAGAAACCAAAAAUCAAACAUAGCAGCGCAGACUGUCGUCCCUGUACGUAGCAUUAACCCGAAAACAUCACCAUCAUCUGAUGCCACACUGAAGAAUUUUAGUAUUUCUUCGCUUGGCAUCGACCUCCAACUGAAUCCCAAGUUCAAACCCGAAUCCCAAUCUCAUCUCUCCAAGAAUCAUGGGUUUGUUCAACUGGGUCUCUCUGAUUUCCACUCUGCACUUGCUUUUCUUAUCGAAAUCCGCUCUGUCGAGCUCUGAAACCCCUGCAAAUUUCCUCGAUCUGGCUAGAAGUCCAGAGCUUCUGGACUGGAUGGCGGCGAUUAGAAGGAAAAUACACGAGAACCCUGAACUUGGUUUCGAGGAAUUUGAGACCAGUAAGCUUAUCAGAACCGAGCUUGACAAAAUGGGCGUCCCUUAUAGCCACCCAGUUGCCGUCACCGGCGUCGUCGGCUUUAUCGGAACCGGAGAGCCUCCAUUCGUCGCCAUAAGAGCAGAUAUGGAUGCUCUGGCCAUGCAGGAGAAGGUAGAGUGGGAGCACAAGAGUAAAAUCCCAGGAAAGAUGCAUGGUUGUGGCCAUGAUGCCCAUGUCGCGAUGCUUCUUGGCGCAGCAAAAUUGCUUCAAGAGCAUCGUCAUGAUUUGAAGGGAACAGUGCUUCUGGUUUUCCAGCCAGCUGAAGAAGGUGGUGGUGGAGCAAAGAAAAUGGUAGAAGCUGGGAUAUUGGAGAAUGUCGAGGCCAUCUUCGGAUUGCACGUCUCUCCUAGAUUUCCUAUUGGUACAGUGGCCAGCAGGUCUGGUCCUCUCAUGGCUGGGAGUGGUUUCUUUGAGGCUGUAAUAAGUGGGAAGGGGGGACAUGCUGCCAUUCCUCAGCAUGCAAUUGAUCCAAUUUUAGCAGCUUCCAGUGUAGUUGUUAGCAUGCAGCAUCUUGUUUCACGGGAAGCUGAUCCCUUGGAUUCACAGGUAGUAACAGUGGGAAAAUUCCAAGGUGGUGGUGCGUUCAAUGUGAUCCCUGAUUCGGUUACAAUUGGUGGAACCUUCAGGGCAUUUUCAAAAGACGGUCUGAUGCAACUCAAACAACGGAUUGAGGAAGUCAUCACGCGACAAGCAGCCGUACACAGAUGCAAUGUGACCAUUACAAUUGAUGAUUACCCUUUAUACCCAGUAACUGUAAAUAACAAUGAGUUGCACCAUUACUACACAAAUAUUGCUAGAGAUAUGGUGGGCACAAGCAACAUUAUAGAAAUGCAACCACUAAUGGGAUCAGAAGACUUCUCAUUCUUUGCAGAGGCGGUUCCAGGAUGCUUCUUCUAUCUGGGGAUGCAGAACGAGACUCAGGGCCGGCUAGAACCAGGGCAUUCCCCGUACUUCAAAGUAAACGAAGACGUCCUUCCAUAUGGCGCUGCGCUCCACGCGUCAUUGGCUACGAGGUACCUCAUCGACUAUCAACCUAAGCCUACUUCCACAAAGGGCAGUUCUCGCGAUGAAUUGUAAGGUGAUUCAAACCUAGUUACUGUAAUGUUUAAGCACUAUCAGUGCUUCUUCCUGCACAUGUUUGCUUCCAUGUUUAAGCUCAAUCUCGAUGUGUGCUAUUAAGUUGUAUAUGUUGUUAGAAAGCAGAGAUUUGGACAGGCAAGCUGUUCCCUGGACAUGCUUCAGCCUUUAAUCCCUUGCAAACUGUAAGUUCUAAUCUAACUGGUCUCUACAGGCUGCAAGUCCUCUUAGUUUUUACUUUCUGAACAUUAGAACUUGGUAUAUAUGCAUUGCCCACUGUACUGCAUUUUGUGCCCCUUGCUGUCAUUGAUGGAAAUACCAUGGUAUCUUAUAUAACGAAAAGGGUGUUUUGCACAUUACAUAUGAGAUGUACAUUACUUUUUUUUAAGCAUGUAUCACUAUUCUCU